CUAUAUAUGUGAUAUGAUCCAAGGGACAAAUGGUCCACACAAGAAAUUCUAUAUCAUUUUACUAUUGGUCAAAAUAAGAAAAAAAUCAAAGUCACUCCCUGCUAUAUCCACGUCUACAAUCUUGACGCCCUUCCCUAUCCCACACACACUCACUCUUGUCUAAGCCUACAAAUCCAGAAAAAAAGAGUAAAUAAAAAUAAAAAUGAGAAAAAUGAAGAGAGAGUAGAGUACACGAAGAGCUUAAAACAUGCUACACACAGACUACUCAUAACAUAAACCAUGACCGUACCAAACCCACAAGCCACCACCACCACCCCCACCGCCACCACCAAUUCUUCUCUCUUAAUCCACCACCGCCGCCGCCGCCGUUGUUUCUUCCUCACCAAUGCCGUCACUCUCCCGUUAACUUCUUUCGUCAUUUCUCAUAAUUAUGUCUCACUCACCAAACCGUUCUUCCGCUUCUUCCGCUGCUAACAACUUGUACUGUGACGAAGACGCCGGCGAACUCGUCCAAUCUCAACCUCACACGCGGAUCUCCUCCCAUCAUCUCCAAUCUCCACCGUUAGAUGAAAGUACUUUUAACACGCUCAUUGGCUCUGAACCUCACUUCUCUCCUUUCUCUGAUUACCUCAUCCGUUUCCGUCACCGUUCCAUCGACAUCACCGCUCGUCAAGACUCCAUUAACUGGAUCCUCAAGGUGCGUGCAUAUUAUCGUUUCAGGCCAGCAACGGUGUUACUCUCCGUUAACUACUUCGACCGUUUCCUUUCUUCUCAUUCUUUUCCGGGAAAUGGGUGGCCGUUACAGCUAUUAUCAGUGGCGUGUUUGUCUUUAGCGGCAAAAAUGGAAGAGAUGCACGUGCCAUUAUUAUUAGACCUUCAAGUACUUGAACCCGGAUUCAUAUUUGAACCCAAAACCAUUCAAAGGAUGGAGCUCCAUGUUAUGUCUAAUCUCAAUUGGCGACUGCGUUCUGUUACUCCUUUUGAUUAUCUCGAUUAUUUCAUCUCUAGAUUGCCUUCAAACUCCUGUCCAGAACCCGAUGCUUACAGUCGGGUCUUCACCGCUUGUUCGGAUCUCAUUCUUAGCACAACCCGCGUGAUUGACUUCUUGGGCUUUACGGCAUCAACGAUAGCAGCAGCGGCUGUGCUAUGUGCUGCCGGCGCCGGAGAGAGUCUUGAAACACCGGCGAUUAACGAAGAGUUAUUUCAUAAGAGAAUAAAUAAAGAAAUGGUGAGAAGCUGUCACCAACUAAUGCAGGAGUACUUAAUUGACACGUGUCCAUCAGCUCGGUUUAAAGAUACAACAUCUGAGCCGCCAGUAGCGCCGCCUAGCCCAGUUGCCGUGCUCGACGCCGCUGCUUGUAGGAGCUGUGACACGCGUUCCGAGAAUCCUAGUUCUGUUAGCCAAGCCGAAGCUGAGCCACUGGCAAAGCGGCCUCGAUCCUCUGCGUCGGAUGUACAGCAACCGUAGAUAAGACAACCACUAGUUAUAUAUAUCGUAUAAUAUCUCUCUCUAAUUUUUAUAUAUCUCUUUUGUUAGAGUGAGAGAGAGAGAGAGAGAGUAGAAGACCCUACCUUUUUUCUUCUUUUUUUUUUCGUUAUCAUUAUGCGUUGAUUAUAUAAAGGAAUUGGGGAUAGUCUCAAGUUUAAGUGAAAAAUGAAGAGGGUUUUUGUUAGUUUUUAAUAUUUAUAUAAGAAUUUAUUUUUUUCUUUA